AAUCGGACGAGUAAUGGACGGUGUUGGGCGGCAAGGCUAAGGAGGGAGGGGCGAGAGAUAACAAGAGGAAAUGGCGUUCCUGUGAUAGUGAAAGCGUCCUGCAGGUGUGGGACAGGUAGAACGGAAGACUCAGCAUCCUAUCAUGGGAACACAAGGCCCAAGAAGUCCCUAAACAACACAGGAAAAGGGAAGGAAGGAAGAGUAGCGAGUUGACACCUGUGGAUGGGUUGAACUUGAUUACACAGUCAGUGCUAAAUAAAGCUAAGGAUGUCACUAAGCGGUGAUGAAGUAGCACAGUGCUUGCUGGAGGGCUGCCAGCUGGUCUUGAAGUCAUCCCCACUUGGCCUCAGCCUUCACUGGUUGGUUACUGAUGAUGGAAAACGGAAGUUACAUGGAACUUCAUGUUUGUCUAGUGUUCAGCAUGGUGGAAGCCUCUACCCAAUCUUCAUGGACUCUCCAACAGAAAAGGCAGUGUUUAAAUAUGAAAUAAAUGAUAGUAGCUGUAAUGCUUCCAAAAGGCUCCCACAAACUGCUUUGGUAGUGAGUGACUCUAGAACAGUUCUGGCAGCUCAUUGUAAGCUGCCGGGUCAGUGUGUCACACUUUGCCACAUGAUCCAGCCCAUACUAUGGACAGGAAUAUUAAAAGUUGGUGAUGUAUCUGUAAUAGUUGUUGUCAGCAAAGGAACUGCAGUAAGCUUUGGACGAAGUGAAAGCUUAUAUAACAGCUCAAACGAUGAGAUGCCAUAUCAAGACAGUUUAGUGUGGCAUAUGAAGUCUCUACCAGCAGCCCCUGUAACAUGCUGUGGACAACAAAAUAUGUUGUUGUUUUCUGAUGGAACAAUGAGUUGGCUGUGUCUUGUUUCAUUAUCAGAGGAGGGUGAAGUUAUUCUGAAGUGCAGCAAGCUAUAUGUUAAAGGAAUCAUUAAAAUCAAUGAUGAGAAGAAAAUUCAUAUGUUCUCUUGUGAUGGAAGGAAGUACAUGUGCACAUGGGACACACUUAGUGGACAGAAUGAAAAUAUGUGCUGGAAACCAGGGGAUAAGGUUAAGGUAACAGAACAGCCUCACACAAUCAGUGAAAUGAUGAAAGCAAUUGAAAAAUGUUCAAAAAUCAUAAACAUGGAAGGAAAAACUAUCCAAACACUAGGGUUGUAUCUGAAACAGCUUAGCUUAGCCCAAAGACUUCUGACAGAGCAGAAGUGUAUAUUUUCUCCUACUAUUAGGGUUGAGAAAAGUGUGGAAAGCAAAGACUAUCUUGCUACUGUAAAGCUUAGCAAAAUAAGUGCUGAUAUUGACUUGAGGGGUAGAUGGUGGGCAUUAUGCAUGGUUAUUGAUGGCAUCAAAAGUAAGUCAGUGUCAAGUAUGAAACUCAGAGAGGAGCAGUUGAAAUCAGAUAUAUACCAAACAAUAGUCUUGCCCCCUCUUGAUUUCUCCACUACUUCUGGACACAUAGAGGUAGAGAGCUAUCUUGUACUGCAACACUUUUCCUCAUCUCAGCCAGUGUGCAGAGUUCUUGCUUGCCAAAUUAAGAUUGAUAUUUUGGACUUCUUAAGUACUGAGUGUAACCUGAGCCUGAGUCCUGAAUGUAAUUUCAGUACAACUGCUAAAUUAUUGGAGUUUGGGGCCACAAAAUGUAUUGAUACAAAGAGCACUUCCCACCUUGGUUCAGAAUCAAAGAGAGAUCCAUUUCCUUUCUGUAAGGUUUCACUAUCAUUUGUAAAUACCAACAAUACAUUAGGAUUAUUACAUAAGUUGUUUAAUUUUGAGUCAAGAAACUCAGAAACCAGGGCAAGCACUCAGACUACACUUUGGUAUAAAGAUAAUAGGAUAGAGGUCACUUGUGCAGAGGAAGACAAAAAUAUAUGCAUCAAGCUAGAGAGUCCAAAUUCCAGCAUUGUGCUUUCACUAAAGACAGCCCUAGAAAGGAGAAUUGAAGACCUAAAGGAACAGACUGUGUCAGUGACCUUGGGUUCAUCAGUCCUGAAGGAGGCUCACCUCACACACAGACUUCUUAACUAUGAAGGAAAUCGUGCCACUACAGUGACUGCAGUUAGCCACCUUUACCAUGCCAUUUCAUUGCUGUCAGCUCUCCUUCCUCAUGGAUAAAAGAGAACUCCAUUGCUCAGACAUAAAAGUGAGAAAUCUAAUUGACAUACCUCAUCUACUAACUCUGCAUCCUCAUAGUUGGGCAUUGUUUUAUUUUUUCCAAUUCCUUUACACUUCCAGAUGCUAGCAACACUAGGAUAUCCAUUUUGACAAUAAAUUGGUACUGUAAAAAAUUUCAACAAUUUAAAUUUCCAAAAUGGUGACAUUACAUGCUCAAAGUUCUAAUUGAAUCUGAGCCAAAGAUAUUUUUCUUACUGUGUGUGUGUGUGUGUGUGUAUGUAUAUAUAUAUAUAUAUAUAUAUAUAUAUAUAUAUAUAUAUAUAUAUAUAUAUAUAUAUAUAUAUAUAUAUAUAUAUAUAUAUAUAUAUAUAUAUAUAUAUAUAUAUAUAUAUUUUAUGAAAUGAAUGAAUGACAUCCAUUUGUAUUAUUCAUAAUAAGAUUGUACAAAAAAUGAA